AAACCAGGAAGUAGGGGUAAAUAAACGCAUCGAUAAUAGAUUGCACGGGGCAAGAGGUUUUCAACGUUGACGAGUUUGCACUUUACCGAAGAAAUGACUAUGAAAAAGCCAAGACAAACCAUAUUGAAUCCGCCGAUUCCCUUCGCCGGGACCAUAUUAGAAGGAUUGGUUCCAGGGGAGAUGAUCCUCAUUCAAGGCAGUGUUCCCAUUGAAUCGGAGAGGUUCCAGGUAGACUUGACAUGUGGCAGCAGCACAAAACCACGGGCCGACGUGGCCUUCCAUUUCAACCCUCGCUUCAAGAAGAGCUGCAUUGUCUGCAACACUCUGCUGUGGGAACGUUGGGGCAAGGAGGAGAUCCUCUACCAGAUGCCUUUCAAAGCGGGCACUAUGUUUGAAAUAAUAAUCCUUGUGCAGAAGGAUUUAUACAAGGUGGCAGUGAAUGGAGCUCAUGUGGUGGAGUUUAAACACAGGGUGGAUCUGAGCAGGGUGGACACCAUUAACAUCUCAGGAAAGGUCAACAUCCAGACCAUUGGCUUCAUCCGAAACUCGGCACCCUCCCCAGCGCAGCCUAUGAGAACCAACAAAGACACACAACCUAAUGGGAAGUUGACACAUUCAGGUGACUUGAGCAUUCCAUUCAAAGGUAACCUAGAGAAAGGGUUGAGUCCGGGACUCACCAUCUUGGUAAAAGGCCAAAUAAACCUAUAUCCACACAGCUUCUCUGUAAACCUGCGUGUGGGCGGCACCGAGGACAUAGCGCUGCACCUGAACCCUCGCCUGAAGGCGGCCGUGUUCAUCCGGAACUCCUACCUGUCUGAAUACUGGGGAGCAGAGGAGAAGAGCCUCGCCAGCUUCCCCUUCACACCAGGGGAGUUCUUCGAGAUGAUCAUCCUCUGUGAGGCUCAGGAGUUCAAGGUGGCUGUGAACGGAGCCCACCAGCUCUGCUACAAGCACCGUGUGCAGGACCUGAGCCGUAUCAACGCACUGGAGAUCGUGGGAGACAUCCAGUUGCUGGAUGCCCAGGUGUGGUGAACAUCACCCCCCCCCCCCCCUCCAUCGCCGCUCCCCCAGAACCAAAAUGGCCUUCGACCCUCAGAUGACUCUCUGGAGGAGAGGCAGCCGCCUGCUCUCCUGUUCAUCCUCAUUCUAUUGGGUUCUAUUUUUCCAGCUUCAGAUAGACCAGAUCCCAGCUUUAGUUCCUAUGAGAACAGCCUCACUUCAGCAUAGACUCUGUUUCACCUGUGUACUAUAUCUAUACGCUCCUGUGACUUUACCACCUAUCUUUUGUCGGCGCAUGUGUGCAGAGAGCUGAACAUAUCUGCAUUUAAUGAAUAACAUGGCCGAAUGAAUGAACAAAAAUGUUCCCAUUCCUAACCUAUGCUAAUUUAGGUAAUAUACUCUUGAAUAUACUCACUGUGACCACUUCAUAAUCUAGGGUUUCUCUUUUCUCACUUGUGCUGGGAGCAAUGAGCCAGACGAGUGUUCACUGAAGGUGGGGUGUGUGGUCUCAGCCGCUUGGCCCUAGCUCUUAGUAUUAACAUUUGGCCGUUAUGGGUUUGUAACUGGUCAAUAUGCACAUUUCUGUUUUUGCUUGCUGGAUUGGAACUCCAGUUUCAUGUUUGUGUGUGAGUUUAGCCACAUGAAAGUCAGUUGAAACACAUAUUAAACCAUUGGGUGAAUAACAAGAUAAAACCUGGUUAUAUACACCUGAUAUACCCCAUAUGAAGGAACUCACUGAUCAUUCAUAUACUCAUCCAUCUUGGCUGUCUAUGGGUGGUGUGAGGUUCUCAAUGGAAGGACAUAUUUAAAGAGCACACGGUGGUGGGAGGAGGCCUGGAUCAGUGGCAGCCUGGUCUGAAGUCAUACUGACACACUAACUCAUCAGGGAGGUCAGAGUAACUGUGGGUUGUAUGAGUCACUAUGCAAGUGAAUGUAAUCCAUGUUUUAGUGUUUUACUUCAUUGUGAACUGGCUGUGUGAGCUCACCUGAGUUAGCAUGCUACCUUGUGUUGUGUUGUGAAAACCGUUUAUUGUUUUCUCACUUCCCCUCGAAAUGGGGUUGAUAUCAAUAGAUUAACUUAAAAUAUAGUUUUGCAAACCAGUAUUCUUGCUCUAUAUUUAUAUGACAAUAUGUAUGGUAAAAUGUAAGGCUUUGCUGUACUACCCAAGAAUAAAUAAAAUUGAAUAUCUUUGAAGCUGAA